GACGAAAGAAUGGCUUGUUAUUUCUGAUGUUGAUUCGCCUUUGAACACUUCACUUUAGGCUUUCUCUUGAACAAGUAAUAUUAAGAAACUUGGAUACAGUCUGACUUAAAUUAUACAUGGAAAUUAUAUAGAUUCAACCAUCAAUAGGUAGCUCAGGAUCACCUUUUUAUACAACAAUGUACGCAGGUUUCCGUUUGUAAAGCAAUAAGGACAUAAUAGAUAAAAGCGUACUAUUGGAUCCUUCUCUUCUGAGCUUUAAUUAUCUUGUUACGAUUGGCUAAAAAACAUAGAGGGUUCAUUACCGUGUUGAUUUUUCUCGCGUAUUUUGUAGUUGCAACAAAUAAUCAAAGCUAAUCAACAUGCCUACAACAUACAUUCCUACCAUUGUCAAUGACGAAGCUCAUUCUGACGGCAUUUGGGAUGUUGCGUGGUCCAAACACACAAAUCUGGUUAUUUCUGGCUCGGAAGACGGCAAAGUCAAGUGCUGGGAUGGUGCAACAGGCGAAUUAAAGUUUGAACUUGAAGGACAUGCAAUGGGUGUUAUCUCUGUCGACGUCAGUCAAGAUGGAACACGUCUUGCUUCGAGCUCUGUAGAUUCAAACAUUCGUAUUUGGGAUCUUGAACAAAACGGAAAGCUUAUCCAGUCUAUUAUUGCCGCGCCUGUUGAGUCAUGGAAAAUAAAGUUCAGUUCAGACGGACAGCACGUCGCUACUGGCUCACAUAAUGGAGACAUUCAUAUCUACAGCGUCGAAACAGGAGAGAAAGUCAAGAGCUUACCAACAAAAAACAAGUUUUUGAUGUGUGUUGCUUAUAGUCCUGAUGGAAAAUAUCUAGCUGGAGGUGCAGAAGAUGGGACCAUUUACGUGUUUAAUAUCGAAACGGACCAAUUGGCUCACACACUAUCAGGGCAUGCCAUGACUGUUCGUUCGCUUUGUUUUGCCAGCGACAGCAAGACACUGAUCAGUGGUAGUGAUGAUAAGUGUGUUCAUGUUUACGAUGUUGAGCAUGGACAGCUGGCAUCCUCUUUAACUGGACAUUCAGAUUGGGUCUUGUGUGUAGCAGCCAAUCCAGAUAUCAGUAAACAACAAAUAGUCAGCUGCAGCUCGGAUAAGAAGAUUAAAGUGUGGGACCUUGGUUUAAGGUCGGUUUUGGAAACUCAUGAAGUUCAUUCAGACCAGGUCUGGGGAGUAGCAUGGAACCCAGAAGGUACUAAACUGGUAUCCGGCUCAGAUGAUAAGUCCUUAAAAUGGUUUGCAAGCAGUGGAUCCUCUUAGUAUUGUAUCAUAGAAUAUCUUUUUUUUUUUUCUUAUACGCGUAUCUUUUUUCUUGAAAUCAUGAAUAAAAAUCAUUUCAUGAUAUACUGAUUACAGUCAUAAUAAAAAAAAAAAAGAAAACACACCAUGAUGUCCUAUUGAAGUUCAGAUAUGAAUGAUCGCGUCUGGCUCCCAUUGAUCGACCUGAUUAACCUAAGGCACAUUAGUUUCUCUUUUGAUCAAAACAGAUAACUUGAGCC